AUGGAGAUUGAACCAGAAAAUAUCAGCUAUCCGUCGAAAAUCCAACCACGGCCAGAAAAUAACUCCGGCGGUGAAGAAGAUGAAAGAUCACCCCGCGGUGGAGAUGAAGAUGAAAGGUCUCCUCGAGAAACAGAAGCACUUAAUCCUAACGGUAACUCGGCUCUGGAAACUAAUAAAUCCGGUGCAUUAAUAAAUAAAACGACUCAGCCUAAUGGGUUGGUUCUUAGUGGAUGCUUUGGCCCAUUCUCAUCUACUAGACUCCCCAACCCAACUCCAAACCAAGCCCCGACAAGCCCCGACAGACUAUGGUAUCUUUACUGGUAG